GGUGGCGCUGAUGCUAGCUGUCAUCUGUCAAGGGCAAAAGCCGAUAGUGUCUGCUAGUCUUCUUCGUUCCACAUCAAAACACACGUGUGCCCCCCUUAGAAAAGCAGGAAAGACCGUCGCCAUGGAACUUUGCUGCGUCGUCCAAAAGUAUGCUUGGGGGAAAGUUGGGAAAUCGAGUCUGGUGGCCCAGCUUUCGCAAGGAAACUCAGCUGCCCCUGUUGUGGAAGUGGAUCCCUAUGCCGAGCUGUGGAUGGGAACUCACCCUUCUGGCCCAUCUUUAAUUAAAACUUCCAAUGAGCCUUUGCUGAAUCACCUGCUCAACAAUGUCGACUCACUGGGAGAUGCAGAGAAAAAGAGUUUCGGGACAGACUUGCCCUUCCUCUUUAAAGCUCUAUCAGUUGCAAAGGCCCUAUCAAUCCAGGCCCAUCCCAAUAAGAAACAUGCUGAGGAGUUGUUUGCCACUCGACCAGAUCUCUACAAGGAUCCCAACCACAAGCCUGAAAUGGUGACUGCUUGGCUGGGGCCAUUCGAAGCCUUGUGUGGCUUCAGGCCUAUAGCAGAUAUCAAAUUCUUCAUCCAAGAAAUUGACGAGUUGGCCGCCGUUGUGGGAAAGGCAGCGUGUGAAGCACUAGUCAAGGCCGAAUCGGAUUCAGGGGAAAUGCAAGCCCUUCGUGAAUGCUUCUCCGCUUUGAUGAACAGCAGCGAGGAAUCGAUUGCAUCCGCGCUGCAGCAGUUUGAGAAGCGCAUCCCGUCUCUGAGUGCCGAGAAGAAGGAAUCGCUUCAGUGUGACCUUUUCACGCGGAUCGCCGCCGAUUUCCCGGGCGACGUCGGUUGCUGGAGCGUUUACUUCAUGAACUACGUCGUCCUACAGGAAGGAGAGAGCAUGUUCCUCGGUCCCAAUGUUCCUCACGCUUACAUUUUCGGGGAUUGCCUCGAGUGUAUGGCAUGUUCCGACAACGUUGUCCGCGCCGGACUGACGCCCAAAUUCAAAGAUAUCGACACGCUGUGCUCGAUGCUCGACUACCAGCCGGGACCGGUCGACCGAUUCCGGAUGCAGUGGACCGCCGUCGACGCCUUUUGCCAAGAGUGCUUCCCCCCGGUGCCGGAUUUCGCCAUGGCCCGCCUGCGUCUGCCCGCCAGCGCCACCGUCGACCAGGCCUAUCGUCUUCCCAGCCGAUCCAACGCCAGCGUCCUUUUGAUCCUGCAGGGCCAGGCCAGCAGCGCCGAGACUGCGGGAGACUUGAAUUUCGGUCAAGUGCUUUUCCUGAAAGCCGGCCAGCAGUUGACUCUGAAAGUCAAAGGCGGCCAGGAUUUGAUCGUUUAUCAAGCGUUCGCUAAUGUUUGAACCCCCACACACAAAAGGGUCCAGACUUUUUAGAGACAAGAGAAAAAUGGUUCAGAUGAAGAGAGAGAAAGAGAGGAGGGUGAUGAAGGCUGUCGUCUUUUGUUAUGUUACUCGAUCGAGAUAUUUAUUAUGUAGCCCCUUUUUCAGAUGUGGUUGAAUACAAAAUACUUUGGUGUGUGUGGCUAAAA